CUUCCGAGCGAACGCUUAGCAGUGCAAAUACAGCCUACGGGGAAUGAAUUUUCAUGGGGAAAUAUUUCUCUUGGCACCGUUUUGCACACGGGCCUUUUACCCACAUGCGGUUCAUUGAAUAAGUUGAUAGUGGAGCCAAGUGAUUGUUGACAGCAGAGUGGCCGUCUCACUUGCAGACACGUGCUUUCAGGCACAGCGUUCUCAAAAUGUCUACGACGAGUGUCUUGUGACAGUUACAACACGUUUGUUUAGAACAUGGUGAAGGAAAAGCCCGAUUCGAUCAGGACCUACGACCAAGAUGGUUAUCGACGAAGAGCGGCCUGUUUGUGUUUCAAAGACAGCUCUGAACAAGAGAUCCUCCUGGUGACAAGCAGCCGUCAUCGAGAUCGGUGGGUGGUUCCAGGAGGCGGCAUCGAGCCAGAGGAGGAGACGAAGAUUGCUGCAUCCCGCGAGGCCAGGGAGGAAGCAGGUGUCCUGGGGCAGCUUGGCCGACACCUGGGCAACUUCGAGAAUGAAGCUAAGAAACACCGCACCUCCGUGUAUACAUUUGUUGUGACAGAUUUGUUGGACGAGUGGGAGGAUUCCAAAAGCAUGGGUCGCAAGAGAGAGUGGUUUCCCUUGUGUGAGGCGAGGGAGCGGUUAUUGCACAAGCCAGUGCAAGUCACCUACCUGGAACUACUCAAAGAUCGACCUUUGGUGACCUGAGAUUACUACAUUCCAGCCUCCCUAGCACAAGAUGUAAAGUUGCACGCUAUGGACUGUACACUUCUUUUGAUUGAACGAUUAUGACAUGUUGAUUGUCAUGUGACUGAAUUUAUUAAGAAGAUGUGUUUUCUGAUUGGUUGCAGCCAUUGAUGGUUAUUAUGUAUGUAUUAUAUGGAGGUUUUAAGAUACCUAUGUGAUAUGGAUAAUUAUUAAAGUCAGUAUGUGUAUAUUGUUGAGUGACUGGUAAGAGAGUGAGGUGCCAUCUUGGCGAGAUUUAGUGUGUAUAACAGUCCACAAGAAGAAAUACCACUUGUGAACAGUGGAAUAAUUGGGAGAGAGGAUUGGAUUGUGCAGAUUGUGAUAUAAUCAUAUUGAACAUAUUUCCAGUACUGUUCCGAUCUUUAAGGUGCUGCUAGUUGUAAUACCAAACUCAGUCAUCAGACAAGCUCGCUAACUGUCCCAACACAACACUGGGAUGCAUCUAUUAAAUGUAUUUAGUUGAUAAAAGGUUGCAUCUGUCAUUCUAAUGAGACAAGCAAGAUAUCACAAUGUCUAUCCCGCGUAGUUUGAGCAUCCUCACAAACUUGCUUGUUCCAGUACAUGGGAGAAGACUGGACAGUAUCGAGUCUGAUGCCACUUUGUAGGGCUUCCUUCAUAUUUUCUGGAUAAAUGGACUUUAUUCUGAAUAAUGAAUUUUGAGAAAAGUUAUGUUUCUGGUUGGGCUGUAGCCAUUACGCCAAUGAUCAUUCUGUGUGAUGGAGUUGUCUCCCUUGCAGGAUUGCAAGGCCUCUUGGCCUCGUACACUUUGUUUUGAAGAUUUUUAUUCUAAAUCUAGUUUGACUCUGAAGGUUUGUAAUGUUUCAACCACAAUCCCACUUUACUUCUGAAUGUAUUGUGUGGGGGCAUCCAGACCAUUGCGUCCUUAAUGUGACGAUGAUGUCGGAUGGUGUUGCGGAUGAGGUAACAAAUCAUUUUUUUUUUAUAAAUCUUUGUGGAAAACUCAGUAUACCAUGCCUCAGCUGCUUCGUGCACAACUAUGUAACUGUCUUGCCUUCAAAUACCUUUACUAUGAGGAAUGAUAAACACAUAGUGUUAAUUUUUUAAGACAUUUUGAUACAAGAUAUUUUAAGACUUCACAAUGGAAACAAUGGAAUUAAUGAACAUCUAUUUUGCUACCUGUUUAGACUAGGACUUUUUCAUGACUUUUCCAGAUUUUCCAAGUUACCAUGUGGAACUAUACAAUGCUCUGUGUUUGUAUGAGAGAGAGUGCGUGUGAGAGAGAGAUUUACAUGCAGUAUUUAUUUACAUUCAGACCAAGGAUUGAGUAUUCAUUCAUGCUGGUCAUAUUGACAACACGGUUUUUGAAGUGUAUUUGUUUUCCUGGAAUAAAUGAGACCUAGUGAUUUCACAGACAGAACUA